AUGAAGGAAAAGUUUUGUGGAUCUCUCCUGUACACGAAGCUUGCAGACAUUCAAGGUAGCCUCAUCGCCCAGGUCAAGACUGUGAUAAACCAAGAUUUGAACCCUAAUCCUGCAGGCUCUUUGUCUCAAGCUUUGGUCAGUCUGAGCUCAUCACCGUUCAACAUCAGUGACCAGCAGCAGGUACCUGUGGCCAUGCUGCAAGUGGGGGAAAAUAUUAAUGACUCCCAGCUUCUACUGGGCCUUGCUGUAGGGUUGCCGCUCUUCGCGUUGCUGUUGCUGGCCGUUGCCAUGGCAACGUACUAUUACAGGGGAAAGCAGAAGGAACAGAAGAAGGUGUCUGGCAUGCCACAGGAGCUGGAGUUCCCUAGCUCCCUGAGCCCCAAAGACAUUGACGUUCGCAUGCUGCGUCCAGCCGUUCGCCACUCCCUGCGCUACUACGGGGAGGCCCCGGGGAUGUAUCACAAAGGGGAGGAACCCACCACAUCCCAUCAUCGCAGUUCAGCACCGGUGCUAACCGAGCACACGGACGCACAGAUGUAUGAACACAUAGACUCGCGCGGGAACGCACUCAGAUGCGCACGCCCGGAUGUACGGGGCGACAACUUCUUGGAAGAGUUAGAAGAUGCCAUCUACGCUAGGCCUAAUGUGUACAGAGCUCACGCACCAGUCGAUGAUGCUAGUCGUGAGUUAUCUUCUCCUCGCUGCUGUCUUUACACUUACUUGAACGUAUAUGUACAGUUAACGUUACGACUAUCUUUGCAUCAAUCUGUCUUUGAAACAACCUUUGUAUCUACUGCAUUGAUCUAUCUUUGCAACGGUCUUUCUAUGCAUUUAUCUUUCUUUGCUACUACUAUCUCUGCAACUGUCUCCUCAUCGAUUUUUCCAACGGUCUCUGAAACCAUCUUUCUCGUACCUACAUUCUCAACUGUUUUCACACAAUGCCGCAACCUUCUUUUUACCUUCAAAACUAUCAUGAGAACUAGGUUACUAACUCUUCUACUGUUUUCUACAACUAUCUUUACCACUGUCUUUGUCAUUUGACUAUCUUUAUAACUGUCUUUAUAACUUGACGAUCUUUGCAAAUAUCUGUGCAACUUGGCUUUCCUUGGGGUCAUCUUUGCAACUGUCAUUGUCAUGUCGCAGUCUUUGCAGCUUGGCUGUUUCUAUAACUUAGUAUUCAAUCAAUUAAACAAUUUCAUUAUCUUUGAAGCUAUAUUUAGUACUUGCACAUGGCCAUCUUUACAACCAUCUUUGCGGUUUUGUUCAGCAGUGUCUUUAAUGCCAUGUUAACAUGUCUUUUCAACUAUCUUAAUUCUUUUUUUGUAGCUGUCUCUAUAUCUUGACAACCUUCUCUUCUACCUUUACAAUUGACAUCUUUGUAACUAUAUUUACUAUCUUUACAACAGUUACUGUCUAUAACAUAUCUUUGCAACUAUAGGCUGUCUAAAAAGGCGACCCAUUUAAAGUGCACGUUUCCUUCCAUUUCAACAAAACUUUGAAUAAUUAGAAUUCAGUCAACGGAACGUCACGCGUGUUAGUUUAAAGAACGUUGACGCAAAUGUUCGAGAGUAAUCAUGCUUUUAAAAUUUCAACCAAAACUGAAGGAAACGCAAAACUUAUCAACUUUUUAAGAAUCAACCUUUGUGUCUAUUUGUGCAUUAAAGAAUGGAUAUUGAAACUGUUAUGGCCAAACAUACCCAGGGAAGUGGUGGCUAUUUAUACUAUAUUAUUAUGCUCCAGGUGUUGACUGCUCGAAAUGUUUUACUUAAACUGUGGGAUGUUUCUGUGUCGAUUCUUUGGACCUUCUGUUCACAACUGAGUUUCAACUGUUCGAUUGUUUGCGGGGUGUUUCUAAAGACUUAAAAACA